AUGGCCUCAUCCACUGGCAAGCACUUUGUUACCGAUCCAAAGACGCUGGUCAAGGACAGCCUCGUUGGCCUGACCAUCGCCAACCCGCACCUGGCCUUUGACGAAAAGGAAAAGGUGAUCUAUACCAAGGACCUGGCGGCACUGCGCAGGAAGCAGGUCACUCUGUUCUGCGGCGGUGGUGCAGGGCACGAGCCAUCGCACGCCGGGUUUGUCGGCCCAGCUAUGCUCAGUGCCGCAGUCUCCGGCCAUGUGUUUGCAUCGCCCACCUCGUCGCAGGUCCUGUCAUGCCUGCGCCGCGUGUACUCUGAAGAGCACGGCACACUGGUUGUCAUCAAGAACUACACUGGCGAUGUGCUCAACUUUGGCCGCGCCGUCGAGCGCUUCAAGUCAGAGCGUGUCAACCAGGGUCACCCGCUACCCAAGGUCGACAUGGUUGUUGUUGGUGAUGACGUCGGCGUGGUCAAUCCGAACGAUGAUGAAGAGGGCGGUGUCGGUCGCCGCGGUUUGGCGGGCACUGUACUCGUCAACAAACUUGCUGGUACCCAUGCUGCCAAUGGCGCCUCCCUCGAGCAGGUCAAGGGAACAGCCCAGUAUGUUAUCUCUCAUACCUUCACCCUGGGAUGCGCUCUUAAUGCUGCGUCGGUGCCGGGCCAGGGUAUGCCUCGCACGCUGAACGACAGCGAGAUCGAGAUCGGCAUGGGUAUCCACAAUGAGCCUGGAUUUAAGAAGACCGCGCUCAAGCCCGCCAGUGAGCUGGUGCCAGGUCUCAUUGACCAUAUCAUCGCAAGCAUGCCGUUCAAGAAGUGCACCGGCCAGAGCAAGCCGCGAGUCGUUGUAUUUGUCAACAACCUAGGUGCCACCUCAAAUCUGGAGCUGGGCCUCGUCACCAAGCUCUCUGCGGAGGCUACCCGUGAGCGCGGCUAUGAGCCAGAGCGCGUGCUCCAGGGCACCUAUAUGACAGGUCUUGCUAUGCCUGGCAUCAGCAUUUCGCUGCUUGUCCUGCCCGACGAUGACGUUAAGCGUGCCGAGCUCCUUGCUCUGCUCGAUCAGCCUGCUCAUUGCGCGGGAUGGGUCAACCAGACCAGGGUUGAGGAUGCUGGUAGCACUGACGAUGCCGCCCGCGGCCCAGCCACCACAUUCACUCCUGCCUCUGACUCGGUCUGGGAGUCAGUGAUCCAGGCCGGCUACGACAGCGUUGUUGCUGCUGAGCCUGAGGUCACUCGGCUAGACCAGCUCAUGGGCGAUGGUGACUGUGGCGAGGUGCUGCUGUCUGGCGCCACUGCUGUCUUUGAGGCUUCCAAGAGCCAGCAGCUGCCUCUCAACGAUGCUGCAGCCGCCCUGGCCCGGAUCUCUUCUCUGGUCGAAGACUCGAUGGGUGGAACAUCGGGGAUUAUCUACUGCCUAUUCCUCGAUGGCCUUGCACAGCAACUGCACAAGCUUGGUGCCACCGACCGCGCCUCAACAACCCCCAAGGUAUGGGGCAAGGCUAUGCUGGGCGCUCUCGACACCCUGUACCAGUACACAACUGCGCGUCCGGGCCACCGCACACUGAUUGACGCGCUCCAGCCCUUUGCCAGCACGCUGGCCGAGACCGGCGAUGUCGCCCAGGCACUAACGGCUGCCGAUGAGGGUGCGAAGGCAACUGCCCAGAUGAAGCCCAAGCGUGGACGUGCUGUGUACGUUGGCCAUGGCGAUGGAAUUCCUGAUGCCGGUGCCGUCGGACUUGUUGCCGUCCUCAGCGGUAUGGCGAAAGCCCUCCAGUAG